AUGGGUGAUGCUUCAGCAGCUGUUCCAGAAUACUUGCAUGCCGAAAAGCAGCAAGAGCUUCAGGUAGUUCAAGAAGCAAAAUCUGUUGCAGAAGAGGCUCCAGAAAUCUUGGGUGCUUCUGAAAUAAAAUCUUCUGAAGCAGUUCCAGAGCCAGGGGAUAUGAAAGGCCUGGAAACCACACUGGAACAUGAAGUGACAGCUGAGGCACAAUACAUAGAAGGAGUACAGAGUCAACAGGUGGAGGAUAUGGUGAUUGAUAAGGAAGAUGCAGAGCAGACUCAAACAUCUGAGCCUUUAGUAGCAGAAACAGUUUUUAGUUCUUCACAUGCAGCGGAGGAAGAAGUUUCAGCAGGGACUCUUGUAGCAGAAACACAAGAUUUUGAAACAGCUCCUCAGACUGAGGUAGAGCUGAAAGAUGCAGAAGCAGCUGUAAGGUUGGAGGCAGAGACAAAAGAUUCGGAAGCAGCUCCAGUACCCGAGACUGAUGCAGAAGCAGGUCCAGAACUUAUAGAGGAAGGCCAAUUGGAAGACACUCCAGAGGCUGAGGAUGUCAAAGAAGCAACUCCAGAAGAGGACUCGGAGAAAAGAGACUCAGAAACAUCUGAUGUGCAGCCUGAUGUGGCAGCACGAAUGAAGGAGACUCUCAUGAGGCUUGAGAAUGUUGUUGAAAAAAGUAGUCACAGAACCAGUGAGAAAAAACAUGAUUCAAAGAAACAGAAAAGGAGCCGUUCCAAGUCUCAGUCCAGGUCUAGGAAGCGGAAGAAAAAAUCAAGAUCAGCAGAAAAGAGAUUGUCCAGACGGAGACGUUCCAGGUCGUCUGACCACUACAGGUCUAAAUCCAGGUCAGUGGAGAAGCGGCUGUCCUCCCGAAGGUCCAGGCGCAGACGUUCCAGGUCAUCCGACCGCUACAGAUCCAAAUCCAGGUCAGUGGAAAAGCGAUUGUCCUCCCGAAGAUCCGGGCGCAGACGUUCCAGGUCCUCCGACCGCUACAGAUCCAAGUCACGGUCAGCAGAGAAGCGAUUGUCCUCCCGAAGAUCCGGGCGCAGACGUUCCAGGUCUUCUGACCGCUACAGAUCCAAGUCUAGGUCAGCAGAGAAGCGACUUUCAUCCCGAAGAUCUGGGCGGAGACGUUCCAGGUCUUCUGAUCGCUACAGAUCCAAGUCCAGGUCAGUGGAGAAGCGGCUGUCCUCCCGAAGGUCCGGGCGGAGACGUUCCAGGUCAUCCGACCGCUACAGAUCUAAGUCACGGUCAGUGGAGAAGAGAUUGUCCUCCUGGCGAUCCCGCCGCAGACAUUCCAGGUCUUCUGAUCGGUCAAAAUCUAGAUCCAGGUCUUCAGAAAAGGGAGGAGGCAAAGAAUACUCCUGGAGGUUCAGACAUCGGUCUGGUUCCUCUGAUCGUUCAAAAUCCAGGUCAAGAUCUGUUGAGAAAAGAGGUCGGAAGGCGUCUGUACGGAGAUCCAAACGCCAGCGCUCAAAGUCCUCGGAUCGCUACAAGUCUCGGUCCAGGCCAGAUGCAGGAGCCUCUCUGGCUCCUGACAGUGGGCACUUCACAUCUCCUGAUGGACAUGGAUCAGGAUCCAGCUUUGCACCAAUACAGGAGCAUCCAUUGUCUGUGGGCGAGUCCUUUAAGUCACCACAUGGAAGUGAACAAAGUUUUUUAUCUGUUGAAAAAGUCAAGGCUCCUGAUGUUUCCCUGACAUCUGUGUGUGGUUCUGUUGAGGUGUCUGCUGACGUCAUUUCAGUGUCUUCUUACGAAGUUCAUGAUUCUAGAUCAUCUGUUGACAAAGCUUUAGAUGGUCCAACACUUCCACAAGUGCUUGAGGUUGACUGCUCCAGGUCUUCAGACAUGCACGAAUCAAGAUACCUAACUGGAAAAAUAGAUGGUGCAGGGUCUUUGGUGAUCUCUAAAAGUGGGAUUCCCAUAUGCCACGAUGGCCACAAAGCAAAGUACAAUUCCUUUGAACAAAGAGAGAGUGCAGAACUGUCAGUGGCAUCUGAGCUUCGGUGUUCCAUCCUUCCUGAGGGCUAUAAAUUGACAUCUGCUGCAGUUGAAAAAGUGGAGAUCCAGAAGCCUUCCCUCUCACUGGAAAGUGGCUUCUCCGUGUCUGCUGAUGGUUGUGAAUCAGUGGGCACAACUGAAAAACUACAGCCCCCAGUGAGUGCGGUGACAUCGGAAGGUGGGAUUCUGCUGCUGCCUGACAGUCACGAGCUGAGACCUGUCCCUGCAGAAAAAGCAGAGGUGCUGACAUCUGAACUGAAACACCUGGCGUCCCCCGAUGGCUACAAGCUGAGAUCUGCCUACAGUGAAGAAGUACAGGUACAUGAGCCCUUUGUGGUACUGGAAAACAGGUGUUCUGUUGCCUCUGAUGGUCAUGAGCUGGCACCCACCCCUUUUGAAAGAGCUGAGGAGCCUUCUCAAGUGUCUGAAAAUGAGUACACUGUAGAGCUUGAUGGCCCAGAGUUGACAUCAACCCCUGCUGAAAAAGCAGAGCUGCGGAAGCUUUAUCAGAUGCCUGAAGAGUCCAUCGACAGCCAGGACCUGCAGUCACCCUCUGCUGAAAAAACGGUGCAACAGCCUGCUCUGGUGUCUGAAAAUGAACAUGCUGUGUCCUGGGUGAGCCAGGAGUUGAGGUCCAGCUCUCCUGAGAAGGCAGAGAUGCAGGAGGAGGCUGUGGUUCCUGACAGUGCUGUGGCUUCUAAUGAUCACAGAUUGUCCUCUUUCCUGGCUGGAAAACCAGAAGUGCAGGAAUGUUCUCUGCUGCCUGAAAAUGAAUAUGCUGAGACUACUGAGGACCAGGAGGUGACAGCCAGCCCUGCUGAGAAGGAGGUGCAGGAGCCUUCUGUGACACCUGGCAGUGAAUAUUCCAUCUUCCAUCAAGGCCAAACACUGCAGUCUGGCCUAGCUGAAGGCACAGUAGUGCAGGAGCCAGUGCUGGUCCCAGACAGCCGAUACGCUGCAUCUCCUGGGGUGCAGCAGCUGCUCCGUGCUUACUCUGAGAAACCAGAGGUGCAGGAGUGUUCUUUGCUGCCUGAAAACGAGUACGAUGCAUCCCCUGAAAGGCAUCCUUUGGGAUCCAGUCCUGUUGAAAAAGAAUUGGAGGAACAUUCUGAAGCAUCUGAAAGUGAAAGUUCAAUAUCCACCGAUAGCCAGGAGUUGCAGCCUGCUGUUGCUGGAAAAACAGAGGUGCAGGAGUUGUCCUUGUCUGAAGGUGAAUGUCCCAUGACCCCAGAAGGUCAGGAGCUGCAGUCCAGCCCUGCUGAGAGAGUAACAGCCAAGGAACCUUCUCUGACAUCUGAACAGGCUCUGUCACCUGCAGAGUACGAGUCAAGAUUGGCACACGCUGAGAAAACAGAGGGUGUGGACUCUGCUUUGACAGCUGAACGUGACCACCUCUUUUUCGAGAGCCAGGAGGUGAGUUUCACCACUCUUCAGAAAGCGGAUGUGCAGGAUUCUCCAACACCUGAAAAUCAACAUGGAGCAUCCCCUGAUGAGCAGGAAUUGAGAUGCACCACUGUUGGAAAAGUAGACAGUCUCGAACUCACACUGAAUGAUAGAGCCUCCAUGUCCCCUGAUGACAGUGACUUGAAAUCCAUCCCUACUGAAAAAAUGGAUCAUGCAAUGCCUUCUUUAAUGCCUGAAGGGCGCUCUGUGUCUCCUGAUAACUGCAGCGUGAGAUCAGGCCCUGGUGAAGAAACGGGGGAUCUGGAGCCCUCUUUGAGAUCUGAGCGUAGAUACUCCACAUCCUCCUACCAGGAAGGGCACGAGCCAAAGUCUCCCAUGGAGGAGGAGGGUCUGGAGUCCUGUACUUCUGAACACAGACGAUCCGUGUCCCCUGAGGGCCAUGACCAGAAAUCUACUGCAGAUGAAGAAACGGAUGAUCUGGAGAGGCGUUCCACUUCCCCUGAUGAGCACGAGUCAAGAUCUAGCAUCGGUGAAGAAGCAGAGGAUCUGGAGCAGCCUUUAACAACAGAACAUCGGUCCUAGUCCUCUGAUGAGCACGAGUCAAGGUCAACCACUGGGGAAGAGGCAGAGGAUGCAGAGGCCUCCUUAGUAGCUGAAAGAAGAGACUCAAUAUCCUCUGAUGACCGUGAGUCGAGGUCUGCUGCUGGGGAAGAUGUAGAAGAUGGGGAGCCCUCCUUGACAGCUGAACGUAGACACUCCACAUCUUCUGAUGACCGUGAGUCGAGGUCUACAGCUGAUGAAGAAGCAGAGGACUUGGCAGCUGAGCGUCGCUCUGUGUCUCCUGAUGGACGUGAGUCAAGGUCCACCGUUGGUGAAGAGGCAGACGACCAGGAGCUCUCUCUGACAGCUGAGCGUAGACACUCCACGUCUUCAGAUGAACAGGAGUCAAGGUCUACUGCUGGUGAAGAUGCAGAGGAUGUGGAACCCUCCUCAGCAGCUGAACAAAGAGAUUCCACCUCAUCAGAUGAGCAAGAGUCAAGGUCUACUGCUGGUGAAGAGGCAGAGGAUGUGGAACCUCUGGCAGCUGAACACAGACGUUCUGCAUCCCCCGAUGGGGCUGAAUCGAGGUCUACCACUGCUGAAGAAGAAGGAGACGAGGCAGAGCCCUCCUUGACAGCUGAACAAAGAGAGUCCACAUCAUCUGAUGAGCAUGAGUCAGAGUCUUCCAGUGGUGAAGAGGAGGGAGAGGAUGCGGAGCCCUCUCUGGCAGAUGAGGAGAAGCAGGAUUCCGUGCCUCUGGAGCAGUCCGAGGAGCAGGACUCUUCCUUUGUCCCUGAAAGCAGACGUUCUGAGUCUUCGGAACGUGAAAAAUCCAGAUCCAAGUCCGUUGACAAAGCAUCUGACAAAGAGUCUCCGCAGAGAUCUGUCAGCAGACACUCGAAGUCUCCCGCCCGCCAGAAGAGCCGAUCCACAUCCGUAGAGAAAACAGCAGACAAAGAGUCCGUGCGCAGGUACCGGCGGAGGCGCUCCAGGUCCCCGGCUCGCCAGAGGAGCCAGUCGACAUCUGUGGAGAAAACUGCAGACAAGGAGUCCUUGCGCAGGUCCAGGCGGAGACGCUCCAGGUCGGCCGCUCGCCAGAGGAGCCAGUCCAAGUCCGUGGAGAAAGCAGCAGACAAGGAAUCCUCGCGCAGGUCCCGGAGCCGCCGCUCCAGGUCCUCCCAGCGCAGAUCCAAGAGAUACGACACAGACUCGCGCUCCAGGCGGAACCGCUCGCGCUCGGCGACGCGCAGGAGAGCGUCCAGGUCCCGCUCCAGCUCCCUGUCGCGCUCCAGGCACAGGAGGAGGAGCAGGUCGCGGUCGGCGUCGCGACGGCGGCGCUCCUUGUCCAGAGACAGGCGCAAGCGCUCGCAGAGAAACAGAUCGAGGUCUACGGACAGGAGGAGGAGAUCCGACUCCCGGGAGCGGCGGAUCUCGCUGCGGCUGCGCAGCAGGAGCCGCUCCCCGCUGCGGCAGCGGCGCUCGCGCUCGCGGGGCAGGAGGCGCAGCUCCAGCCGCUCCCCCAUCCGGCUGCGGCGCUCGCGCUCCUCGGGCCGGCGCCGCUACAGCCGAUCCCCCGACCGGCGCCGCUCCCGCUCCUCCGACUUCUCCAGCAGGUCCCCCAAGCGUCUCACAGACCUGGACAAGGCCCAGCUACUGGAAAUCGCCAAAGCCAACGCGGCCGCCAUGUGCGCGAAGUCUGGCGUGCCCCUGCCCCCCAGCCUGAUGCCUCUGCUGUCCCAGAAGAAGGAUGACAAAGCCAACCAGAAAUCCUCAAGGGACACCCUGAAGGAGCUCACUGAGAAAUGCAAGAAGAUUGCUCAGAGCACUGAUGAUGUGAUAGUGAACAAGCCUCAUGUUUCUGAUGAAGAGGAGGAAGAACGUCCUUUCUAUAACCAUCCUUUCAAGCUGAGUGAACCCAAACCUAUUUUCUUCAAUUUAAGUACUCCCAGCAUAAAACCAGCACCACCACCCCAACCAAAAAACCAGGUCAGCCUGUCCAAGGAAUUCCCUGUUUCCUCUGGCUCUCAGCAUAGGAAGAAGGAGGCAGACAGUGUGUAUGGAGAGUGGGUUCCCGUGGACAAGAACGGCAAGGACGACGGCAAGGACGACGUGUUCCCCAAGCCAGCCAUUGAGUGUGUGGACAUCACCACAGCCAUGAACGACAGAGCAGUGGCCCAGAAAAGGCUCAAUGAGAACUCCUUUGACCUGGAGGCCAUGUGCAUGCUGAACCGGGCACAGGAGCAGAUCGACGCCUGGGCUCAGUCCAACUCCAUCCCGGGGCAGUUCACGGGCAGCACGGGAGCGCAGAUCCUGUCCUCAGACGAGCUCACCAACAGCGGCCCCCAGGCCUGGAUCCGAAAGGAUCAGUUCUUAAGAGCAGCCCCUGUCACUGGAGGAAUGGGAGCUCAGCUGAUGAGGAAAAUGGGCUGGAGAGAAGGAGAAGGGCUUGGGAAGAACAAGGAAGGCAGUGUUGAGCCCAUCAUGGUGGAUUUUAAGACAGAUCGAAAAGGGCUUGUUGCUGUGGGAGAGAAGGCCCAGAAGAGGUCUGGCCAUUACGUGGUGAUGAAGGAUCUUUCAGGGAAGCACCCGGUGUCUGCGCUGAUGGAGAUCUGCAACAAGAGGAGGUGGACGCCCCCCGAGUUCGUGCUGGUGGAUGACAGUGGGCCUGAUCACCGCAAACAUUUCAUCUUCAAGGUGAGAGUCAAUGGCAAUGAGUACAGGCCCACCUUCGCCAGCCUUAACAAGAAGCACGCGAAGGCCACGGCGGCCACGGCGGCGCUGCAGGCCAUGGGACUGGUACCAAAGGAGAGCAUGGUCAACACCACCAUGUUCAGGAGUGCCUCACACCGCUGAGCUGGGCUCCAGGGACUCUGCUGGGGAGUUGUACUCUGCACAACUAAUGGUGUUUGCCCCUCUCACGUUGUAAAUACAUCGGCGAUUCCCACCUUGUAAAAACUGUACAGACAGCCACAGGUUUUUUUUCUUUUGUACCAUCCAAAUGUAUUUAAAUCAUACUUAGUUUUUGGUAUGUUUAUAUUGUUUACAUUAGUGAUGUAAUUAUUUCUUAAACGACUAAAUCAGACGACAGACUCUGGAGGCAUCAGAAACCCAAACCCUUGGCUGAAGCUCCUGCAGUUCCUCUCCUGCCAGAACGUUGACCCUUUGAUACAGUUUUGUAGUGGCUGCAGAAUUCCCUGGGCUGGGGGAGGUGCUGGGGACACCCUGGGGCUCUGCCCCGGUGCCAGCCACACCCCAGGACAGCAGGGACACAGAGAUUCAACCACAGCCCCUGCACCAGGAGGGGCCUGGGGCUGCUCUUCCCAACCAGUGAAUCCACUGCCUGAUGCUGAUCGUUCGGAUUUGUGGUUCAUGUGAAUUUUAAACUCUUUAACAAAAUCUACAGCUGGAUUUGGGGGGAGGGAGGGGGUAGAAUGACGCUUCAAUUGUUGUACCCAACUUGGUCAAUAAAGCAGCACAAGUUCAUAAUCUUCA